CUCUUUUCUCCUCGUUAUUUAUUUAUUCAUUUAUUUUCAUUCUUCAUUUUUCAUCUUCAACUUCGCUCCCUUGUCACCAGCUUCAACGGCGACACAAAUCACUGAAAAACGAAAUUAUAAAGUGAAAAUGGCGAGCUCAGUGGAAAAGGAGAGUUUAGCGGGGGAGGAAUCUCUCUCCGUGGAACUUCCUGCUCCUCCUGGUUGGAAGAAGAAGUUCUUCCCAAAAAAGGCUGGAACCCCAAAGAAGAAUGAGAUAGUAUUCACUGCGCCAACAGGAGAGGAGAUCAAUAACAAGAAGCAGCUGGAACAGUAUUUGAAAGCGCACCCUAGUGGCCCAGCUGUGUCAGAAUUUGAUUGGGGCACUGGUGAGACCCCUAGAAGAUCGGCAAGGAUAAGUGAGAAAGCCAAGGUGGCUUCUCCAGCUGAAACCGAACCCCCAAAGAAGCGCAGCAGAAGAUCAUCAGCUUCAAAGAAAGACACUUCCCAGGAAGAGAAGGAGGCAACAGAUGUGCAGAUGCAAGAAACUGAUGAACCAAAGGAAGAUACAGUUGUGGAAAAGAUGGCUGUGAGCGAAAAUCAAGAAGAGAAUAGAGAGGAGGUUUCAGAUGUCAAAGAAGAAUCCCGUCAUCCUGUGGAAGAUAAUGAACAUGAAGAACAUGUUAAUAGACCAAAUGAUGAGGACGAGUCCAAGACUACUGGUGGAGAGAUUCUGGGCCUGAAAGAAAACCUUGGCGGGAAGGAGGCUGAGGGUUCUGAGAAUAAAGAUGAGACGAGUAAGGGAACAAAACUGGAAGAGAAAACUGAGCAACGUGAGGAUGGGACGAAGAAAGAGGAUGGACCUGAGGAUCUGAAGAAACUUGAAACAGACAACCCAGUUGAGAAAAAGAUUGAAGUGGAAGGAGGGCAUACAGAUAUAAACUUCAAAACUGAGGAAAAGGAAGGAACAAAAGAAAACAAUGAAGGAUAUCACAAGGCCAAUGAGAUAAGCAAGAAGGGUGAAGCAGAGGUCACCGAAAACGGCACCAAUGGGAGUGCUACUGGUGAGGUUGGAACCCCGAGGAAUGGGUAAUUAUUAAGCUUUGGCUUAUCCCCUCUCAUUCUGACUCCCUUAGACCUGUCUUAAGAUGACCGCAGCUUUUGUUGUUGUUAUUGAUCAGAUUGUUCAUUGAAAUAAUCACAUACAAUUAUAGAGUAGGGCUAUAAUGUACCAUCCUUCGGUGUAUUAGAGAGAUGUGUAGCUUUAGUUCCCCGGUGUAACAUCAAGUUGUUGUAUCUUACUUGUACUGUGUGAUAAGAACCUAUGAUCAUGUAAGUUUCUAAUUGUUCCGUUUA